AUGGUUAAGUGUGUUGCAGUUGCUGUUUCCUCAACCAAUUCCGUAUUCUCCAUCCUCCACACCUCACUAGCUACCCUCCCAAACCUAACAACCCUCAAACUCCGCUCUCCAACCACCACCCUUCUCACUUCAUUCAACCUGCCGUCCCUCCUCUCGCCAUUAACUUCUAUUCCCCCUUUCCAACCUACAAAACUCAACUGGCAACAUCUCACCAAAUUGACGAUCGAAGCCAAGCUCAAAACAGAUAAGUUCCCUCAGGGACGGGGCGGUAUCUUCCUCGCGGCACAAAGAUGGGCAGACGAAUAUGAGGCGAGGGGAGAGGUUAAACGAUUCAAGGGAGAGAUUUUGGGGUUUGGUUGGGGUGGAGGGCGAGGAGAGGUUUCUUGAGUGGCCGGAGAUUUUGUGCGUGAGUUGGGAGGCGGAGAAGGGAAAGGUUCUGGGAGAUCUGGGCGAGGUGAAGAAGGAUGAGGUUGUAAGUGAGGUGAUUGAUGAGAAAGGGAAGGGGAAGGAGAAUAAAGGAGGUAAUUUUAUGGGUGUUUAGAUUGGAAGGGUGUGGAGAAUGUUUAAUCAUGCUGGGAAUGGACUGCGGUAUUUUUCUCGUUGCUUUUGUUGGAGGGGUGGGAGCUUAUUCUUUGCGUUACGGCGAUGAUUUGAUUCUUAGCGAUGAGUUCUAACAUGGCAUUACAAGCAAUGCAUUACGUGUUUGACAAGAAUGUUCUACUUCUUCGCGGCACAUUCUGACCUGACGAUUCUAAAA